CCACAAUUUUACAGAAAUUUCCUUGUUUAACCAUAUACUAACUAAAAGCAAAAAUCCAAUAGAAAAAAGUUGAGAAAAUUGGUAUACACAUUGCUCUUAAAUCUCAUCAUAUCAUUUUUCCUAAGUUCCUAUCUUUGGUUUCUCACCUUCCAAACAUGGCUACUGCAAUAAAACACACUGCAAGAACAUGGCUGAUCUUGUGUAUCAUUACUAUGCUCUUCAAUGUCAGUUUAGCAGAAAGAGUUUUGAAAGAAAAAGAAACAGUAAAUCAUGUUGAGAAACAAACAAAAGGAUUUCUAAAAGCAAUGGUUGAUUUCUUAUGGGAAAGUGGAAAAUCUUCUUAUGAACCUGUUUGGCCUGAAAUGGAAUUUGAUUGGAAAAUCAUAGUUGGAUCCAUUGUUGGAUUUUUGGGAGCAGCUUUGGGAAGUGUUGGAGGUGUUGGUGGUGGAGGAAUUUUUGUUCCUAUGCUUGCUUUGAUCAUUGGCUUUGAUUCCAAGUCUUCUACCGCCAUUUCCAAGUGUAUGAUUAUGGGUGCGGCGUUGUCAACUGUUUACUACAAUAUGAGGCUUAGACAUCCCGCACUAGAUAUGCCGCUUAUAGAUUACGAUUUGGCUUUGCUUUUCCAACCUAUGUUGAUGCUUGGAAUAAGUAUUGGAGUUGUAUGUAAUGUGAUGUUUGCUGAUUGGAUGGUCACGGUUUUGCUUAUCAUUAUAUUCAUAGGUACAUCAACAAAAGCAUUAUUGAAAGGCAUAGAUACAUGGAAAAAGGAAACAGUGAUGAAGAAGGAAACAGCCAAACGGUUGGAAGAAGAACCAAAAACAGGUGAAGACUACAAGCCCCUACCAAGUGGUCCUGCUGGUACACAAGACGAAGUGGUUCCUUUGCUAAAGAACAUUUACUGGAAAGAAUUAUCACUCCUUGUGUAUGUUUGGGUGGCUUUUCUCAUUGUUCAGAUUGUUAAGACAUACACCAGGACUUGCUCCAUUGAGUACUGGGUUCUUAAUUUCUUGCAGGUUCCUAUUGCUAUCUCUGUUGCACUUUUUGAAGCUGUGUGUUUGUACAAAGGAACAAGAGUGGUUGCAUCAAAGGGGAAGGAAAUUACAAAUUGGAAAGUUCAUCAAAUUUUGUUAUAUUGUUUUUGUGGAAUUAUAGCUGGUAUGGUUGGAGGGUUGCUUGGUCUAGGAGGUGGCUUCAUUUUGGGUCCACUCUUUCUAGAAAUGGGAAUUCCUCCUCAGGUAGCAAGUGCGACAUCAACAUUUUCCAUGCUUUUUUCAUCUUCCAUGUCGGUGGUGCAAUACUACUAUUUAGAUCGCUUUCCGGUACCUUAUGCUUCAUACUUUGUUUUGGUUGCAACCAUAGCUGCUUUUGCUGGCCAACAUGUUGUGAGAAAGAUAAUCGCAAUCCUUGGUCGUGCAUCCAUUAUCAUCUUCAUACUAGCAUCAACGAUUUUCAUAAGUGCAAUCAGUUUAGGUGGUGUAGGAAUAGAGAAUAUGAUUGUGAAGAUGGAAAAUCAUGAGUAUAUGGGGUUUGAAAAUCUUUGUGCUCAAUCUUAGGUGUUUUGUUAUGGACGAAGAGAAAAACAUUUUUCAACCUUGUCAUGUGAUAUUUAUAGGUCACCUAUUCCAUUUUCAUUCAAGCAAAUUCGGAAGGAUUGUGUAAAAUAUUGUAUUCCUUAAUUUAUUUUGUAUUCUCAAUAUUAAUGUUAAAUUUUUAACUUUGAUUAGUAAAGACAAAUCAUGUUCAUCGAAGACCGUGAGAUAUUGGAUCGAACUCUAGUAGAGUUAAAGGGAAGUUUUUUGGUUCGACAACUCGACAAGACCUUAGUAUGCCAUCGAAGUCUGUUCACAUGUUGUAGUCGAAGUAUGCUAGGAUUGUUAGCAAUGUUGAAUUGAGUCUGUUUGUUAUGCUCAAUUGUUUAAGUUAGCUUGUUCUCUAAGUUAACUUGUGUAAUGGAUCUGUGUGUAAAAUCCUAUUAGUUUAGCAUGUUAGUUUUCUUAUAAAUAACAUAUUAGUCUCUCAUCAUUGUAUAAUGCAAAUCCUAAUUAGGACGAGAGAGGUUAUUUGUUAUUCUGUAACACUUGUAAUCUUGUUUCAAAGAAAAAGUAAAGAAUAUCAGUUUAUAACCAA